GAUGCAGCCCCCCUACAGUGUGGGACAGGACACCUGGAUCUGUCUGCCCUGAGUCAGCUCUCCCAGGACUAGAUGGUUCUCUUCUGGGUCACCUGUGCCAUCAGUUGAGUGUGGGACAAGGUGCAUCCCCCCACUCCCCAGUUCCAGGAUGCAUGACCUCCCUUCCACUCUGUCAGCCAUUCCCUGCCCCAACCCCAUCCUCCCUCUUGGCACAGCCCAGCAUGGCUGUUAUCCACAGGGGGAGAGCCCUUGUGGUCUGAGGAGAUGCCACUGCCUGGAGACUGUGGUCUUAACCCUCAUCCUGGCACUGAGCCACCUGCAACCUAGCAGGAGGUGACCUGGCUCCCAGCCUGACUCAGCUGAGCCUGGAUAUUACAUGCAGGCCAGAGCUUGCUCUGAGCCCUGGCCCAGCCAAGCUGAUCACUACCCUAGACCCUACACACUGGAUGGAGCUGAUCCUGAGUACCAGCCCAGCUGAGCUGACCCUGGAUCCUGCACACCAGCCAGAGAAGACCCCAGCCCCCAACCUAACUGAGUUGACCCUGGAGCCUGUGCACUGUCGACCUGAGCUUCUGGACGCUUGUGCUGACCUCAUCAAUGAGCAGUGGCCCCGCAGCCGCACCUCCCGCCUACACUCCCUGGGCCAGUCCUCAGAUGCCUUCCCCCUUUGCCUGAUGCUGCUGAGCCCCCGCCCCACACCUGAAGCAGCCCCCGUUGUAGUGGGCCAUGCCCGCCUGUCACGGGUGCUGGACCAGCCCCAGAGCCUCUUAGUGGAGACAGUGGUGGUGGCCCGGGCCAUGAGGGGCCAUGGCUUUGGCCGCCGCCUUAUGGAGGGCCUGGAGGUUUUUGCUCGGGCCCGGGGCUUCCGCCGGCUGCACCUAUCCACACAUGACCAACUGCACUUCUAUGCCCACCUGGGCUACCAGCUGGGCAAGCCUGUGCAAGGCCUGGUCUUCACCAGCCGACAGCUGCCUGCCACCUUCCUCAGUGCCUUCUCCAGGAACCCCUCCCCCCAGCCACCCUGCAAGGCCUCCAACCUGAUUGCCCAAGUUGCUCCAAGGGGCCCCCAGGGGCCCACAUUGCCACCACCCCCUCCCCUGCCUGAGCUCUUGACUACCUCACCCCUACCUCCAGCAGGGCCCCUUUCACAAAGCCUGAUGGAGACACAAUACCAAGACCUAAGGGGAUGCCCCAUAUUCUGGAUGGAGAAAGACAUCUGAGGGCCACCCAGGGCAAGGCACACUUUCUGGGUCACUGGACUGCCCUGGACAGUACCCGCCUCAGCCCACUGGCCAUACCUCAGCCCCUAGCCCCUGAGGGGCAGCCGUAGCCUGGGCAUGUUUCCUGGCUACCAGUGGGGUCAGGAGAUGGCUCCAUAGCUCUGGUUCAGAGCAAUCAGUGUGGCUGAAUAAAAGCUUCCAGUGGGU